UUGUGGGACAUUUUUGUAAAGAACUGCUCAGCUAUUCAUGUGUGGACCAACGACUAAACUGACAUGGCUGCUAAUCAUCACCAUCAUCCACCUCAUGGUGAUAGAGAGUCGUCUGGUCCCCAGAACCAAACGAAGACUAUCUCGCAAGAAUAACGACUUCGAACUACCAAAGGAAUUCUUCGAUGAGACCCUGAGUCUUCAAUCAAAGUUUAGGGUUCCUAGCACAGAAUUCUGCAAAGAAAUGUCCUUAAAAGCGGAGGCCCAUUACGUAGUUCUGCCAUGGUGGUAUCAUUAUUGUCAGGAUUUGCAUGAAAAGCGUGUUAGGACUAAGAAAGGGAACCCCCACUUCACUGCCAUCCACCAGUACAUCCUGAAUGAGGUGCAGGCCUAUAAGAAGAGGCUGCGGGCCAAACAGCAGAAGAUGUCACAACUCGAGCAGGAGCUCCUGGCCUCGUAGAAGAUUCAGAUGUCAAUAAAUGUCUUCAUGUGUUAUA